AUGAAGUUGGGAUUGUUAGUGUCCGUACUGGUGCUUUCCUUCCUGGACGUGAUCCAUGCAGUGGGCAAUGAAGAGGAUGUCUUGGUUGAAACCACAGGAAUCACAGAUGCAGAUACUGUGGAACGAGUGGCCUAUCACUGUACCUUCCGGAAUCUUUGGACAGAAGCAAGACAGCCUGUCAACUUUCCCUCAUCAGGACGGUGGGCAGGACCUAUCCUGUGGACCCAUACCUUGCAGUUCCAGCCAUGGCUUGCAAACUAUGCUGUCACCCGGGGGGUGGAAAAGAUGGCAGAGGAUGGAUUCGCUGAUGUAAUGAUAUUAGAGAUGGAGCAGCAAGCUACCCAAGUUUGGGAAUAUCAGGAAUAUGAGGAAGAUCAGUUUUUCGUCAGCGAAACCAACUUUGUUCAUAUUCCAUCCAUUGAGGCGGACUUCAACUUCCCCUACCUUUCCAUGAUGGCCAGCAUCAUGCCCAGCCCAGAUUGGUACACAGGGUUUUACAGUUAUUGGCUCAUUGAUGAGUACUCUCGCACUUGGUAUGAUCACAUCAAAAUUCAAGUCAAGCCAUGGGAUGCAGGUACAGAUGCUGGCCAAACCUACACUGCUUUGGAAAGUGAUGUGGAUCCACCCUUGGUCAUCCAACGCUUUAUACCUGGAAAUUCUCCUCCAGGUGGGGAAUUGCUGGAUCCCACAGGAGAAACUGUUCCCAAUGUGGGAGAACUCGAGUGCUUUUUAGUUGUGGGGGAGCAAGAUUUGAUCUUGCCAGACUGUGAUUGGUUUGCCAAUCCCUGCUGCAACGAAACUGACACAGUAUCCUGUGGAGCUACCUUGCCAAAUGGGGCCAUACCGCAGAUUUCCCCCGAGUAUGCACAAGUCUUGGAUGGUGGCACCACUGCAGACGAUUCACUGACGACAGCUGAAACAUUGAGUCGUUUGGAAGAAAUUGCAGGAGAAAUGCGUCAAUUGGCAGAUGAGGUGAAUACAUUGGUGCAAGGUCUUCGUGAGGAUGAUGGAGAAGGAACGUCAGGAUCAUCCAUUACAAGGAAGAAGAGGAAGAAGCAUGAUGAAGAUCUUUGA